UCCUCUUCCCUUCCUCCUUCCUUUCUGACUCAGAGAAAGAACCGAGAGCUAAAACAGAGAUUAAACAACAUUACUGUUUUUUUUUCUCUGUUUUUCUUCUCUCUUUUUCUUUCUUUCCCUUCCUCUUCCUAUUAAUUUUGUUUUUGUUUUUUUUUUUUUUUCCUGUUUAUCAGUUUUCAAUUCUCGAUCUCCUCUUAUCCUUGUUGCUGUCUGAUCGGAUCACGCGCUUUUUAGGUCUUCCUCUGUCUUCAUUAAUCAUGGCAAGCCGUUAAUUAUUUAAUCCAUCAGAGGAUUGGGGUGUUGGAUUGAAGUUUUUGAGAGGAUCCAUUCGUCGCAUGGACGUUUGAGGUUUGGGUGUUCAGGGUUUGAAAUAUGUUCUGCUGCGGAGGUGCCGAGGAGGAAACCAACGGCCCCCCUUCUAACCAGUAUACAGCCCCUCCCAAGGCAGGAAAUCCGUACAAUGGCGGCAGCGAGAGGGGAGAGCCAAGGAGUUCGAAUGUGGUGAAAUCUGGAGCUCCACAAAAGGUUUUACCCAUCGAAAUCCCAGUUGUUCCAUUAGAUGAAUUAAAUCGGAUUACAUCCAAUUUCGGUUCCAAGGCGUUGAUCGGAGAAGGCUCUUACGGCCGAGUUUUCUACGGCCAGUUCAACGGCGCGGCGGCCGCCAUCAAGAAACUAGACACCAGUUCUUCAGAGCCCGACUCCGACUUCGCUACGCAGUUAUCAAUCGUUUCGAGGCUUAAACACGAGCAUUUCGUUGAGCUAAUGGGAUACUGUUUGGAAGCCAAUAAUAGAAUUUUGGUAUACCAGUUUGCCACACUUGGAUCUUUACAUGAUGUAUUGCAUGGGAGGAAAGGUGUACAAGGGGCGGAGCCGGGUCCAGUACUCAGCUGGAACCAGAGAGUUAAAAUUGCUUAUGGUGCGGCCAAAGGGCUGGAGUAUCUGCACGAGAAGGUUCAGCCGCCGAUAGUUCAUCGCGAUGUGAGAUCAAGCAAUGUACUGCUCUUCGAUGAUUUCAUGGCGAAAAUUGCAGAUUUCAACUUGACAAACCAGUCUUCUGACACGGCAGCUCGAUUGCAUUCUACCAGAGUCUUGGGAACUUUUGGUUACCAUGCUCCUGAGUAA